ACGAGCAGAUCGUAUUUCUUACAUUCCAGUGAGCUGCCGGGAUGAAAAACAAGAUAAUUUCCCGACUUCUCUAGGUUUAGCCCAUCAUUGGUGUGAUGCAGUCCAAUAUCAAGCUUUGGGGAGACCCAUGAAUCUCCCGUUAUCAAUAUUCUCUUACGUAGAAUAUUUUGUGGGUGAAGGCUUUGGAAAAAUUAUAUUAUUCUUGGAAUUUUCAUAUUAGGAAAGUGGAACAAGACACAUGUGAUUUUUUAUAGGAAAAUGUCACUAUUCUCAGAACCAGUGCGAUGUUAAACACAUAUAUACUAAACGCCUUGGAUGACAUUUAUAUGGAAAUGAAGUGAGAACGGUGGUGGUGAUACUACCGGAAUGUGUUACACUAGAACCUGUAGGCUGUGAAGACAAUGCAGAGUGAAAUUUCCUACAGUGUACGGGAAUAUACGGGAAAAGUCGAGUAAGCUCUCCAGUGGUGUCGGAGAAUACACGGAGUAAGCGGAGUGAGAUUUAGGGGAGUACACGAAUUAGCCGAGUUAGACUUCCAGCAAAGUAUGGAAAACGCUGAGUAAAUCGUCCUACAAUGCAGUUACUUUGCGUAUCCUUUAAGUGAAGUUUGUGAACCCAUUAUUCUUAAUUCGGCUGUGUUCAAACGCUAAUAAAAAUGGCGGAGAAUGCAACCACAGGAACGACUCUUAGUAAUCAAACCAUGCUAGACAACUUCUUUUACAACAGUCACAUAAGUUGUGACAAUCUCUCCGAUUCCUCGGGUUAUUUCGGAAAUGGAACGACCGCGGUAUUUGGAAUCAUGCUAGUUGUUACAAUUAUUGCGGCCGUGUUCGGGAAUUCGAUGGUGAUUGUUGUUAUAGUGAAGAAUCGGACGAUGCGAGAAAUGACCUACAUGUUCCUUUUGAGCUUGGCUAUAGCUGAUCUAAUGAUCGGAGCGUUCAUGGCGCCCUUAGCAUUCUACAAUCUUGUAAAACAAUGCUGGAACCUUCCUCGUUUUAUGUGCACAUUGAAUCUCGUCAUCAAUACAACACUCCUAGUGACAUCAAUCCACACGCUCAUGUGGAUAGCAGUGUAUAAGUAUAUUUGUGUUAAGCGAAUAUUCAGUCCCCCAGGAAGGUGGGUGGGGAACUUGAUGAUCGUACUAGCGUGGGCCUGGGGUAUCUCGUUAGCAGUCAUAACAAUUGUGUGUAACAAGGCUGUGUACAAACCUAAAACAAUGCAAUGUGGACCUACCUACCCUGUUAACACCUAUGUUCUCCAUGCUGCAAACCAGCUCAUCAACCUCGUUAUACCAAUCAUUGUCAUGAUAGUCGCCUACAUCAGGAUAUACAUUGCGAUUCGUAAGUCAGGAGAGUUCCAACGCCGACACACUAUCUCUGUGGAAGGUCGUCAAAAACGCAGCGAAGCGAGGGCCGUUGCUAAGACACUCUUCAUUGUUCUUUUGUGUUUCCUGCUUUGCUGGCUGCCCUACUUCUGUUAUACAAAUAUUGGCGCCUUCAUAACCAACAAGGCCGAUAUUCCACCCUACCUCAACGUCUUGGCAUACAGCUUCGGUUAUAUGAACAGUGCAUGUAACCCGAUUAUCUACGCCUGGCGCUUCCCGGAGUUCCGGAAGGGCUACUGGGACAUACUGUGUAAGAAGCCCCAAUAUACACUGGCCAUUGGACCACUUGGUAGACCAGUAAUGACGACACGCAAGAAACAGGACAGGUCUUUGUCGGCAUGUACCACCACUUCCAACUCCAGCAACCCCGGACUAAUUCGAACCAGGGGGUCCAACGGUAGCGUUGGCAACGACAAGACGAAAGAAGGGCAGCGCCAAUCUAAAGACCUAGAAUUGCAUCACCUUGACCAUGACAGAGACUCCGUGUUUCUCCAUGGUGACGAAAAGACAGAGCUUUUUCCUCAACGCACAUCUUCUACAUAAGUGACGUCAUAUCAACUGCAGGAUAACCAAAGCUCGCAUAGGACUACUCCGUCGAAUGGUGUGCGAAAAAGGCGGCGAAGAGUGUCGUAUUAUUUUGUAAUAGUUAUAUUUAAACAACACUAUGUUGUUUAAUCUACAUAAAUCUGUAUUGUUUUUAUGCUUCUGUGAUAAAUAUGUUACUGACAUAUAUCAGGUCCCAUGUUGUCGCCAUUGUUGGUUUACACACGCGACUCUUUGCUAUGUAUGUAUCACUGUAUGAUCAUGUCUGUCUAUGAAUUAUUGUUGACACAAUAUUGCUGCUGUUUACUAUACUACACAGAAUAAUAAAAUAUUACAAUUAACGACUAAAUGAAAAACAUUUUGUAGGAAAUAUUAAUAUAUUGAUUUCACAUUUGUCUGCUAUUUUAAAAGUGUGCAGAAUAACCGUCAUCAGUUAGACAUGAAUGAUAUAUAUAUCUUAAUCUUAUCUUGACACAAACAGUAACAGAACGCGUCGGAAAGGCUCUGUUUCCUUUAUCAAGCAAAGUGUGCAAAUGACCGCUGUCUUUACUCUAUAUAACUCACUUAGCCAUAAAAUGCCGCGUCAGUAACGUCAGCUGUCAGAAUAAUGGUAAACGCAUAACCUUCCCUCAUGAGAUCUAGAGUGUUAUCGGACGAAACGUCUCGAUGUUAUUCUCGGAAGAAAACCUUUUCAGUCCUGUUUUUGUUCAAAACAAACUAAGCAAACAUUGUAAAAUUGCGUUAGGUUACAUAAAGAUCUAUGCAUGCAGCUUAUUGCUCACAACACUACUAUACUAUAUAUAGUCACUAAUACAGAAAUACAGCUGUAUCCUUCUAUCAGCAUUAACAGUGAGACUCGGCUACCAGUAUUAUCAGAAUUAUUAAAAUUAUUAAAUUAUUAUUUUACAUGGUUUUAACAGGUUUUGUAUCAAUUUGACCAUCUGUGAAUUUAUUUAAUGUAGCAUUAUCUGCCAUGCUUCCCUUAAACACUGUUAAAUGAUUCAGAAUGACAUACAGCUGACUUAAUGUACACCCUUUGUCAUAAGUCGUGAAACCAUGCUCAAGGUGUACAGUGUGGCAAAUGAUUCUUUAAUGCGAAACUUAUGAACAAAAAAUGCUUUGCAUAAAUAGAUUAUAUUGUGAAGUUAAAAUCAUUCGUAGGCUUUCAUUUCUAAAAUGUUCUCAACAGAAUGGUUAUAACCUAAAAGGUUUAUUUGAUCGAAGUUAAGUCCGGUGACCAUGUACCAUCCUCUCAUCAUUUGUGUUUGUGUCAUGUCUUUGUCCGUAUAACAAUUGUGGAAUUUGUUGUGCAUCAAAUAAUCCAAUAAACACGAGUCAAAACAA